AUGUCCAUGGAAGCAGCUGAUCAAGAAAAAAAGAACAAGAAAAGUAAGAAAAAUGCAACAGUUGGAAUUGGUCGGUCAUUAUCACAGAGACUUAUUAUCCCUGUCAAGAAAUACGAUUCUGAAGUGUUCCGAAUGUUGGUACAGUUUAUUCACUGCGGAAGUGUGAAUAUCACUGAGGAAACCGUUGCUGGUUUGUAUGGUGCUGCCUCCCAGUUUGAGCUUCGAGAUCUAUGCAAUGCGUGUUUAGAUUUUGUCGAACGAUGUAUAAAGGUCGGAAGAGCUGAGAAACUUCUCUUUUCUACAAGAUGGUACAGUCAGCACAAAGCUACAAAAAUACUAUUUGAUAAGAUAUAUUCCGUGUUGGACAGACGCCACAUUGCAAGACUUGAGGAGACACGUGUAUGA